CUCAAAAUUGUGUAUACUCGAAGGGGGGUUUUGUAUGAGUCUAAACGCAGACGAUCCGGAGUGCUUUCUGGUCCAUUGCCAUCUCGGUAGAGAAAACAAAACCCUAACCAGUCCGAGUUUUAACUUCGAAAAGUCGAGCUGACGAGGAGAGAAAACUUCGAUCGUCGGAAGAUAAUGGUUAAAAGAGUUGAAGAUUGACACAAACUGACCUAGAUUCAAAAAACAAACUCCAUUGAAGUAUUUUCCUGGAAAUUGUUUACGGAUUGAAGCUCAUCUGCUGCAAAAUUAGAUUGAACUGAAACUCCUCUGAAUACUCUUCCAUACCAGAUAAGUAAUGUCCUCAUCACAGGAGCUGCAGUCUUCAGCUUCUGGGAUAACAGCUCAAGCCUCUGGUUUAGGACAAGCUACAGGCCCUUCAAAUCCAACUGUUGCCUCCCCUGCACCAGUUUCGGGCCCAUCAAAUCCAAAGGGUCCAAGUGGUACCACAAAUGAACCAGCACAAGAAUCCAUCAGAGCAAAAUUCAUUACCGGACCAGGCUAUGUUGUUCCUGCACCUUCAUUCUCUUACAGUGUGAUUCCUAAGCAAAACACUGCUUCUGGAAGCUCCUUGGAGAAUUCAUCUAGUCCUGCUUUAGUAUCAAACCAACCAGCAUCUGCAACAGCUUUUCAACCUUCAAUCCCUGGCCAAUCUUUAUCAAGUGGACCAACUUUCUCAUACAACAUCAUCCCACCUGCUAAGAUAGGCUCCUCUGCUCAGCAGAAAUUACAAUCAAGCACCGAUGUUGGUUCAGGACCUUUAGGUCAUUCACAAGUUGGAAAUAGUACUCCAUCAACCACCGCAGCAUCCUUGCAACCUCCAGUGCCAGGGCAACCUGGACAUCCUAAUACUUUUGGUCCUGGAACUGGUGCACAAUUCAUGGCAUCUCAGGGCCCUUCACCUGUCUCUGUUCCAAAGGGAGCACCAUCUAUUGCAACAAGCUUUUCCUUCAAUAGGAUUCCACAGUUGGCACAGAAAGAUCUAUCGUCGAAUUCGAGUGCCUCAGUUGCUGUUGCUCGAGAAGCUGGGACAGUAUCUCCUGCAUCGUCUAGUUCUGUUCCUGUAUCGAUGCCUUUUCAUGUUUCUCCAAGUUCAUUGGCUGCAGCUACGUCUCCUAACUUGUGUCCAGCAACAUUGUGGAUGCCUGUUGCACCAUCUUUUGUUCCCCCUCCUGGAAUGCCAAUAACUCCUGGAACACCUGGACCCCCAGGGAUAGCUCCUUCCACACCAUUGUCCUCUACGGUCACUGUUAAUUCAGAAGCCAUGGAUUCUUCAUCUUCUACAUCUCUGAGACCCGUCGUUCCAUCAACCGUCCAGCAGCAAAUGCAUUCUCCUUAUCCUGCUCUGCCCAGCAUGCCUCCACCUCCUCAGGGACUUUGGUUACCACCACAAAUUGGUGGCUUGCAAAGGCCUCCUUUUCUACCAUACCCUGGUGUCCUUCCCGGAUCCUAUCCUUUGCCCAUGCGUGGCAUGCCUCUUCCUUCUGUUCCUGUGCCCGAUUCACAACCUCCUGGUAUUUCUCCUUUGGGACCUCCCGGAGGAACCCCCUCAUCUUCUGUGGGAUCUGUUCAUCUGCCGUCAAACACCACUGGGAAACAACCAGAUUUACCCCCUCCAGGAACUGAUCAGCAUAAACAUAUUGAUGACCUUGCUGACAAAGUUGGAGCUACUGUUAAUGCCAAAGUGGAUGCGUGGACAGCCCACAAGACUGAGACAGGGGUUGUGUACUACUAUAAUGCUUUAACAGGAGAAUCAACUUACGAGAGACCUUCAGAAUUUCACGGGGAGCCAGAUAAAGUCACUGUGCAACCAACUCCAGUUUCUUGUGAGAAGUUGGUUGGUACAGAUUGGGCUUUAGUAACUACAAAUGAUGGAAAGAAGUAUUAUUACAAUUCCAAAACCAAGAUAAGUAGUUGGCAAGUCCCAAUGGAAGUGACAGAACUAAGAAGGAAAUAUGAUGAUGAUGCUCUGAAAGGAAACAUGACGUUGGUUCAAAAUUCUGUUGCAUUUUCUGAAAAGUUAUCUGCUCCUAUCAGUGUGACUGCUCCUGCAAUUAACACGGGUGGUCGUGAGGCCACAUCUCUUAGACCUUCAGGUGUAGCAGGGUCAUCAUCUGCAUUGGAUUUGAUAAAAAAGAAGCUGCAGGACUCCAUUGCUCCUGCUACUUCCUCACCUCUUCCAACUUCUUCAGGGCCAACCACAGCAGACUUGAAUGGGUCAAGACCUGUAGAGGCUGCAGUCAAGGGCCUGCAGAGUGAGAACAAGGAUAAAGUAAAGGAUAUUAAUGGGGAUGGGAAUAUCUCUGAUUCAUCUUCAGAUUCUGAAGAUGAGGAUAGUGGGCCUUCCAAGGAGGAGUGCAUUAUCCAGUUCAAGGAGAUGCUUAAAGAACGCGGAGUGGCGCCAUUUUCGAAAUGGGAGAAGGAAUUGCCAAAGAUAGUUUUUGAUCCACGUUUUAAGGCUGUGCCAGGCUAUUCUGCUCGUAGAGCAUUGUUUGAACACUAUGUUCGAACACGAGCUGAGGAGGAGCGAAAAGAAAAACGUGCAGCUCAGAAAGCUGCAAUUGAAGGCUUCAAGCAGUUGCUAGAAGAAGCUUCAGAGGAUAUUGACCAGAGAACUGAUUAUCAGACAUUCAAAAUGAAAUGGGGCAGUGAUCCCCGAUUUGAGGCCUUGGACCGCAAGGAGAGGGAGCUUCUAUUGAAUGAAAGGGUUCUUCCACUAAAGAAGGCUGCUGAAGAGAAGGCCCAAGCUAUACGUGCAGCUGCUGCUUCUGGCUUCAAGUCAUUGCUUAGAGAAAAAGGAGACAUAAAUACAAGUUCUCGUUGGUCAAGGGUUAAGGAUAGUUUAAGAAGUGAUCCAAGAUAUAAAUCUGUUAAGCAUGAAGAUAGAGAGCUUUUAUUUAAUGAGUACAUAUCAGAAUUAAAAGCUGCAGAUGAGGAAGCAGAACGGGAAGCAAAAGUGAAGAGGGAAGAGGAGGAUAAACUGAAGGAAAGGGAGAGAGAAAUGCGGAAACGGAAAGAAAGAGAAGAACAAGAAAUGGAGAGAGUGCGUCUGAAAGUGCAAAGAAAAGAGGCAGUUGCUUGUUAUCAAGCUUUACUCGUAGAAACAAUUAAAGAUCCUCAGGUAUCUUGGACUGAAUCGAGGCCUAGAUUGGAGAAGGAUCCCCAAGGGCGUGCCACUAACUCUGUUUUAGAUUCAGGGGAUGCAGAAAAGCUCUUCCGGGAACAUGUGAAGAUACUAUAUGAGCGCUGUGCACGUGAGUUCCGUACUCUAUUAUGUGAGGUCAUAACCACUGAAGCAGCUUCCCAAAUGACCAAUGAUGGGAAGACAGUUCUUACUUCUUGGUCCACAGCAAAACGUCUUUUAAAAACUGAUCCUAGGUAUUCAAAGAUGCCAAGGAAAGAAAGGGAAGCCCUAUGGCGGAGACAUGCCGAGGAAAUACUGUGGAAGAAAAAGCUCGUCUCAGAUCCAAAGGAAGAGAAGCUUAAUAUAGAGACAAAAGCAAGAAGCUCACUUGAUUCUGGUAGGUCCCCAACAGGGUUGAGGAGAUCCCAUAGCCGGAGAUAGCUUAUUUUAUAUAAGGUGAACUGAACACUGGCUAGAUGCAGGGAACAUGCUGUAAGAGACCAAGUUAAGAUUAUUCUGAAUGAAAUCCUGGUGCAGAUUGGGGCUGUCACGGUAUUAAAAUAGAACAUUUGUAUACUGCUCGGCGGAUCAAGGGAACCAAACCAAAAACUGAGGCACGCUAAGACCUAUUUAUGAAGAACUUGAACUUAGCAAGUCUUUUCUGCCUUUAGUUGCAGUCAGCGUUGCAUUCAAUGGUUAUCGCUUACUCAAAUAUUUUAUGCUUCAGGAUGCCAAAUUUGCUUAUUGGCAAUUCUAUUGCCUUUUCUUCUGGAAAAUGUGAGCUUCAUUUAGCUUGGCAACUUCCAGCAUUCAUUGGAUGUAUAAAAUCUUACUUGGGAUCUGGAUUUUUAAUUUGAGCUGAGCUGUCCAUCAUUCAUCCUGUACUGAAAUUUGAGUUAUAUGAUAUCUAUUUUUGCCUACUUAUGUUUA